AUGGCGUUGUCUGGUCCGUUUUAUCGACUCAGCUGUGUCAACAGCAUACCAAUUCCUCCAGUACUGUCUUAUGAUAUUCCCUGUAGACGGCGCAAGGUGUGGAUUUUGCACAUUCAAUUGGUAUACUUCUGUUCGGAGGGAGAAAAAGUCAUUUCUCACAUUAGGACAUUGACCAACUUGGUCCCACUUCCGAUUCGUGGCAGUCGGUCAGAAACAACAAAUUUUUAUCUAUUCACAGAGCCGAGAGAGAGAUGGCCCAAGUGGUUAGAGCGCGAAUUUACUGACCGGAAGGUCCGCGAUUCGAAUCCGACCUCCGCCUCUCGACUUGCCCUGUCUAGGCUUGGGCAACCUGGCAGUAUCCCAGCCCUCGUGCUUCCUUCGGGUGGCAUGGCAGCUAGGCACCGGAAGGGUGCUACAGCUGAACGCUUUCUUCUUCUUUCACAGAGCCGAACUCGUCAGAUAGUUAUCACUGAACUCAGUCCUCGGGGAGGGGGGGGGCGAGAUGGCCCGAGUGGUUAUAGCGCGAGCUUACUGACCGGAGGGUCUGUGGUUCGAACCCGACCUCAGCGUCUCGACUUCCCCUGUCUUGGCUUGGGCAACCCGGUAGUACCCCAGCCCUCGUGCUUCUUUCGGGUAGCAUGGCAUCUAUGCACCGGAAGGGUGUCGCAGCUGAACAACUUCAGUCCCCGUGGGAUUUGGCACCCUUCGAGUACAUCGUCCUUGCGAAAUCGAUUUUUUGGAGCGAGAAUAAGCAGGCAAGAACACGUUCCGUAUAGAGUUGAGUCUAGUCAUGAGGGUACCGAAAGCGAGAAGUUGUACAGUACACAAUGCAAGCUACUCUAUCAUAAUACUUUAGUUGGGGUAAAAUUAUUCUUAGCUCUCCUUGAAGCUGACACCGUGGUAAUACAAACAAUAUUAUACAAUCUAAACUAUUCCGCCUCACGGUUUGGCAUGCGCUUCACACCGGCAAAGUGUAAGGUGCUACUGCAAGAUUGGACGAGUUUAUCUACCUUGGCAGCUGUGUCAGUCCAGGUGGCCUGGCGAAAGAUGAAUGUCAGAGCAGCUUUUGUGAACAUACGUCACCUGUGGCGUAGGCGUAGUAUCCACUUAACCGUCAAGGGUCAAGUUUACAGUACUGCGGUGUGCUCCAUAUUCCUUUGUGGAUCAGAAACCUGGCCAUCUUCCUAG